AAGGGUGGGAAAAAAGCAGAAUCAAGUGGCUCUUGAGAGCACAGACUACUGAGGAAGUUGUAACAAUGACUGCGUUCUGUAGCCUGAAUGAUCUGUGUGAAUAUGAAACGUCUAAAGUGGUCCGUUUUCAGAGUGGCUACCUUGGAAGUAUGAAAUGGAUCAUCCAUAUAAUAGUUUUAUUAUAUGUUUGUUUUGCACUUGUGACUAAUCGACUCUAUCAGGGAAAGGAGUCUGUGAUCAGCUCGGUUCAUACCAAAGUGAAAGGAGUGUCCCAGGCUGGCUCCAGAAUCUGGGACACGGCAGAGUAUACCGUUCCCAUGCAGGGAAGAGACACUUUCUUCGUGAUAACCAACAUCAUUACCACAGAAAAACAGACUCAGCGCGUUUGUCCAGAGUACCCUAUUGCCAAAUAUAUCUGCUCUUCAGACAGGCACUGUGUACAAGGGCGUACAGAUUCCCUGAGCAAUGGAAUUCAGACAGGAAAGUGUGUACAGUAUAAUGCAACUAUUAAGACCUGUGAAGUCUCUGCCUGGUGCCCUGUGGAAUCAGUAAAAGGUGCCCCAGUGCCUGCCCUUCUAAGGAGUGCUGAAAACUUCACGGUACUAAUAAAGAACAACAUCCACUUUCCAAAAUUUAAUUAUACUGCAAAUAAUAUUUUACCAAAAUUCAAUAUUACAUGCACAUUCAACAAGAUUACUGCACCCACCUGUCCCAUUUUCCGGCUGGGAGAUAUUCUCCAAGCAACAGGAGAGAAUUUUUCAGACAUGGCAGUUCAGGGUGGAAUCAUGGGUAUCGAGAUUAACUGGGACUGUAACCUGGACAAAUGGUCCCACCACUGCAGUCCGAAGUACAGGUUUCGUCGUCUCGAUGACAAAACCACCAAAGACUACCCUGGUUACAACUUCAGGUUUGCAAAGUACUUCAAGGAUGCCAGCGGCAAGGAGGAGCGGACGCUAAUCAAGGCCUAUGGAAUACGCUUUGACAUCCUCGUCUUUGGCACAGCUGGAAAAUUUGACUUCAUUGAGCUGGUGGUGUACAUUGGGUCGACCCUCUCCUACUUCGGCUUGGCUGUGUUCAUCAUCGAUUUUCUUAUUACUUCAAACAUUUUUCCCUGCUGCAAAUCACCUGUCAAGGAAUAUUACUACAGGAAGAAGUAUGAGACUAUGCCAGGACCAAAAGCGACGGUGAUAUACGUGUCAUAUGUUGAUAAGCCACACGUGAUUCUGGUAGACAAGCCACUGGACAAGAGUCUGCAGAAUAUUAAGGGUCAAGCUCUUAAGUUGCAGAUAUACCCUGAGUUUACUGAUGCUACCAAGCACUCCAGUCAGGCCUCUGCCCUUGCAAAAGCCCAAGAGCUGCAACCUCUUCAAAGUAAAGGGCAAGAAGCUUCCUCCUCCCACAAGCUCCCAUCUUGGUGCUGCUGUGGGAAAUGCCAGCAAACAGAGGCAUUAUGGGAACAGCUCUGCUGCCGAAGAAAAGAUGGGACAUGCAUUACAGCCUCUCCUUUGUUCGAGCAGCUUGUUCUUUCCAGAUCCACGCUGGAGUUUACCCUGCUCUACAAAGAGCCCUUGUUGGACUUGAAUACUGAGACCCUCAAUAACCAGCUCCGUCACUGUGCUUACAAACAGUAUAUUCACUGGCGUUUUGGCUCUGCAGAGUUGGCAGGCCGAGCUCUAAUCCCGAGUUGCUGCAGGUGGAAGAUCAGGGAAGCAUAUCCCAGUGAAGAUGGCAAGUAUUCUGGUUUCAAAAAGAGAUGAGGAGCUUACCUUUCCUAAGCCUCUGAUGCAGUUCUAGCCCUGCUAUGCAGCUUGUUUUACACAAUUAAGCCUCCUUUUCUAUUACAAAGCAUUUUCCAACUGAAAUUUGUUUACUUAUACUGCACUGCUGCAUGAAUAAAUUCUCUACCCAGUGGCAUCUGUGAGGCAGUACUGUUAUCUUCUGCUUAGUGCAGGAGUCUUGGGUUCAGUUCCUCACUCAGCGGACUUGGACAAAGAAUGGAGGCCAUCACUUGCAGAUGUGACCUCAGGUGUUGGGUGCCCAAUGUGGCAGAGAUUUAGAGCAAUGGCAACGGUAAGGGAAGUCAAAAGGUACUCUGCAUCUUUAGAAAUCAGACUGCACCAAUAGUCAUCUCAAGAUGGGAGCUGAACUGUUAAGGAAGCCAAAAAUAGAUGGCACUUGAAAUCUGACCCUUCUUUCUCCCUCUGGAUCACGGGAGUAAUUCUUACCUACCUUAAGAAAGGGUUCUGGAGCCUUGGAGGAAAGAUGCUAUAAAACGGAGAGUAUUCAUGUCAUUGGUCUGCUCAGACUCAGACGCUUUAUCAGUCCUUUGUCACACAAGUAGUGUGAGAGAGACAGCUGACCGGAUUGGGCCCCUGAAUAUGUAUUUUCUGGAGAAAGCUGUGCCACAACUCGGCUACCUCAGGCUUGUUUAGCUUUGCAGCUGGCCCAAGGCUCUGUCAUUCCUCAGCUGCCUUUGCACGCAGAACUUACGGUGGCAGACAAGCCACCCCACAAGCUGCCAGAGUACAUACAUGUCCACUUGCUUCUGGUAGCUUCACAUGGCUCCGCUAUAAAGCUUUGGGAGGCCACCAGCUGCUGGGUGGACCAUGGCCAGGGCUGUCUCCAGUUCUGCCAGCAAAACUCUGUAGUAUGAACUAGGCUGAAGAUGCUACCAGAGAAAUUAGCUCCCUCUGGGUGAGGUUAGUAACACAGACAGUGCAUUUUUAACCGUACGGUUAUCGCAGUGGUGCCCCAUUAAGCAUGAACUCAGGAAUUGCAAUGAAUAACAUUUUUCCUGCUUUCUUACCUUACUGACAGACAGAAGUCUGCGCUCAUUUAAACCGAUGCUUCAUUCACUGAUCUUGUCCUGAUGGUAUCUGUUUAGCUGACAGCAGACUUUGGCCUCAGAUUUGCUCUGACUUCAGUCUAGGCUUCAUAAUGCUUGGGGAAUUGGCACUAGCUUCAUUGCUAGCCUGCAAUCUCAGGAGUGUGGAGAGCUCUGAGACUGCAAAUAAAGGGUAGAUACAGGCUAAUGUUCCUGUGGGUUUUGUGUUAUUUUUCCUUUCAUUCUGAUCCACCCCUUGUAACUUCUUGUAGAAAUGAGGCAAGAGGGAUAAUAAAGCCUAGUCUAGACUAGGGUUAUGUCAGCUCUGCAUUAUUAUACUUGUGCAACUCAAUAGCUUCUGCUCUUAAUUGUCUAUAGGUAUUUUAGAACAAGUUGCUGGAAAAAUAUUCCAGCUCUAAUUGUAUUUCCAGUGGCAGCGUAUACUAAAUUGCAUUGACAUUCAUGCAACAGCAUCUCAUUAUAUAUAUUGAUUGGGACUGGAUUCCUGAAGUCAUUAACAGUCUUCCUACACUAAUACAUACGUUGGUUAACACACUUUCUUUGCUUUUGGAUCUGUACUACAGAUGCCAGCAUCAGGAACUGGAGGUUCAUUUGAGAUUGACAUUUUAGGUCUUGUUUGAUGCAUGAUUUAUGUUAUUCUGCAACCCUUUUAUCCUCCUGGUAAGUUUUGAGUCAUAAUAAAGAGUGUUUAAUGUA